AUGGGCGAGGCACCGCCAGCGCAUGACCGUCACGCUUCUGGUCACCUAGAACACCAACAACUUACACCAGUCAUUGGGAUCAGCCAAUCGCCAGAGGAAUCAUUUACGGAUUCGAAAGCACAGGCUCCUUUCCACUCACAGUUCGAUAUGUUUCCUCAGGUGUCGCAAGCGAUAGCAACUCAGCACGGUAAUUACCUUUCUAGUUAUGACCAUCAGCACUCGGUACCUCGACUCGACAUGAAGUCUUUGGGUCAUGCGUUGCCUGGCUCUCCUACUCUAUCGGCGCCUGCGCAAGGCUUCACACAGCACCCACAAUCUCACAUCGGCAGAAUGCCUGUUCAAACCUUGAACAUGAAUUCUCGAACGCAAUUUCAUCAGCACGGAGCUCAGGGCCCGAUGGCGCAUGGCCAGGCGUAUCUACCUUCCUUCGCACAUGACCACUAUGCCCCAUACGCCCAUACACCUAGUCGCAUGACCUUGCAAGCACAAGGACGACCCAUUUUUGGACAUUCAAUGACUGCUGCCAUGCCUUACAAUAGUUCUGGUUACACCGAUCAGCCACACCGCUUUUCAACAUACCUGAGCCAUCCCCGACGUGAUCUAGUUAUAGAGGCCGCUACUUCCUUCCCCAGAGGUCCUCCGAGAAAACCUAGACAAUCUGGCCAUGCGCUUUGGGUUGGAAAUAUCCCUCCUGGCACGACCAUUGGCGACCUGAAGGACCACUUCUCGCACGAAGCGACGGACGACAUCGAGAGCGUGUUUCUGAUUUCAAAAAGCAACUGUGCAUUUGUCAACUACCGCGAUGAGGCUGCGUGCGCUGCUGCCAUGGCUAGAUUUCACGAGUCUCGAUUCCAAGGUGUGCGCUUGGUAUGCAGGCUACGUCGUGGCACGCCUACCAGUGAUGACUCGACAGAGACGCCUGAUACAUUGACGGCAGGAUCAGACACCAAGACGGACAAGUCACGUCCAAAUGUGCGCCGCGCAAACAGUGGCCCAAUCAUCGUGGACGGUUCGGCCAACCACUCUCGUGAGAAGGAGAAGCCUGUUGGUCCUUCUGAGAGUUCUGAUAUUCCCAAUGACACCGAUGAGAUUCAGGAUGGUGUAACCAACCCAUCACGCGUCCCUGAGAAGUACUUCGUGGUCAAGAGUCUCACAUUGGCAGAUCUCGAAGCAAGCGUGCGCAACGGGGUCUGGGCAACUCAAAGUCAUAACGAGGUUGCAUUGAAUCAUGCCUACGACACCGCCGACAACGUCUACCUCGUCUUUUCUGCCAACAAAUCUGGCGAAUACUUUGGUUAUGCUCGUAUGCUCAGUCCCAUCGCGACGAAUCACAAUCUUGCAUCUUCGGCCAAAUUACAACCAAAACCCAGAGAUCUGGACAGCGGACCGAAAGCCAUACCUACCACAGCGACCCAAUGGGCACCAAAGGGUCGCAUCGUCGAUGACUCGGCACGCGGAACCAUCUUCUGGGAAGCCGAUCGAUCACAAGGAGAAGACGCCGUCAGAAUUCCCCAAACGCAAGAGGAGGAAGCAUCAUCUCGACAUCAAACACAAGAGUGGGGCAAGUCUUUCCAGAUUGAAUGGAUAUCGACGAACAGACUCCCCUUCUAUCGCACUAGAGGCCUUCGUAAUCCGUGGAACGAGAAUAGAGAGGUCAAGAUUGCAAGGGAUGGAACAGAGAUUGAACCUGGUAUUGGAUCACGGCUUGUGCAGAUGUUCCAUCGGCCAAUGCAGAUACCUCAGGGUGCUGUAGUUAUGGCUCCUGAGAAGGGACCUCGCUGCUCUGUUUGA